AUGAUAGAGAAGGAGGAGGUUGAAGGCUCAGGUCAGCGGAGAGGUGAGGGAANGAGAGAGAGAGAGAGAGAGAGAGAGAGACCGAAACCCUCUUCUGCUUACAGGUGGAGCAGACGACUAAAGCGCGAAGAAUCCCGGUCUCCCGUGUGCGAACUCUGUGCUUCAGGACGAGACGACCAGUGCAGCGGCAAGUGGCCCUGCAGGCAAGCACCGACGCCCAACCCUUCUCCACCACGAAAGUACAGAAAUAACCGCAGUGGCAGCGAAUGGUCCAACGCCACCCAACUGACUUUUAUCUCUGACGGUCCAGCAGACGGUCCCUACAGCACCCGACGGACGUCCUUCGAUUCCUACGGAUCCAGCGUCUCGGAAGAAUCCUCCGAGUCUUCCGGCCACUUCAUGGAACAGCUGGGGACCUCCACCAUAAGUUAUCCUCCCGCCGGACCACCUGGGAGCUAUCUCUCGCCCUUGGAACUAACUUACGGCCACGAGGACCUUCGCUACGCCCCCGAUUUCGACACGAUCCUGGAGUGUGACGAACGCAGUCCGAGAUCCGAUAAUGCAGUGUCCUUCUUCUAGUCGGGCGUUUGGGCGUCAAUCCUUCCUCUCCUCCUCACUUAGCGAAGGAUGCGAGAGCCGGUGCCUGUCGUUUUAUGUACAGAGUACAGUUAGUCAUUCAUUAGAUCUCUGUCAAUAUAAAUGUUAGAUAUUAAUAUUUGGCCAGUUUUUUGGUCCGGUGUGCAUCUUUUACUUCUUCCUCGAGUUCUAUCAUAAAGUGUUCGUCGUAUUAAGAUAUGCAAUGUUUUUAUUUGUGACAACAAUAUAGUUUAAGGUACCAUUAAAAAUUAACCCUUUUUCGUUUGUCAGAAUGCGUAUUUUUUAAGUACUUUAUAGUUUUACACCUAAGAGUUUGAGCUGAACAACAACA